GUUUUAAGUGAUAUGGAGUAUAUCUUAACGCGUAGAUUUCGUCCUAUAAAUAGAACAUCGUAGAAAGAGGAGAAACAACAAAUAAACAAAAAUGGAUAUUGAAGCUGUGACUCCGACUUUGCAAGGCGAGUGGAUCAAGGUGGAGCAGAAAGGAGGAGAAGGACCAGGACCAAGAAGCUCACAUGGCAUAGCCGUGGUCGGAGACAAGCUGUACUCUUUCGGCGGCGAGUUAACGCCAAAUAUUUCCAUCGACAAAGACCUGUACGUGUUUGACUUCAAAACACACACUUGGUCGAUCGAAACGGGCAGCGGAGACCUCCCUAACGUCAAAGCCUUAGGCACCCGGAUGGUGCCCGUGGGAACUAAGCUCUAUAUAUUCGGAGGCCGCGAUGAGCAUAAACAGUUCGACGAUUUUUACUCGUACGACACGGUGAAAAAGGAGUGGAAGUUCCUGACGAAGCUGGAUGAAGUGGGAGGACCCGAGGCUCGUACUUUCCAUUCCAUGGCUUGGGAUGAUAACCACGUGUAUGUAUUCGGUGGGGUGAGCAAAGGCGGGGCGAAUAAAACUCCCGUGCGGUUUGGAACCAUCGAGGCGUAUAACAUAGCUGAAGGGAAAUGGAUUCAGCUACCAGAUCCGGGAGAGCAGCUAGCUAGGUUUGAGAAAAGAGGAGGAGCUGGAUUCCUUGUGGUGCAAGGAAAGAUUUGGGUGGUUUAUGGGUUUGCCACUUCUCCUGAUCCUAAUGGGAAAAAUGACUACGAGUCUGAUCACGUGCAGUUUUAUGAUCCCGUUACUCAAAAAUGGACCGAAGUGGAGACUAGAGGAGAGAAACCUUCUGCGAGGAGCGUGUUUGCGCAUGCAGUUGUCGGAAAAUAUAUACUUAUAUUUGGAGGUGAGACCUGGCCCGACCCAAGGGCCCAUUUGGGUCCAGGAACGUUGUCCGAUGAGGGUUACGCGUUGGAUACGGAAACACUGGUGUGGGAGAGGUUUGGAGGAGGAGAUGAACCGAGUACACGAGGUUGGUCGGCGUACACAACUGCCACCGUAUAUGGAAAGAAAGGUCUCCUCAUGCAUGGAGGAAAACUUCCGACAAACAACCGAACCGAUGAGCUCUACUUCUACGCAGUCAAUUCCGCGUAAUUUCAAUGCCUUCACUUUCAAGCUCUGUUUGUGUGAUAAAUAUCAUAUAUGUACCAAUAAAAGGUUUGUGAAAUUAAAUCAGAUAAUGUACUGUGUGUGUUGGCGGCUUGGAAACUGUCGUCGGUGGAAUCAUAAUUGUACAUGUGUCCAAUAAAUGAUAUGAUUGCUAAGGCAUCUCCAUCCCUACUC